AUUUUUUGUGUUAUCCUAUUAUCCUCCACCCAACCCAACCGCUGCUUCUUCUUCUUCCUCUUCCUCUGCCUUGUAUACAACUAUUUUCCCUACUUUUUGGGGAAAAGAAAAAUUAAAAAAUAUUUGUUCAUAUAUAAAAACAGAGAAGAUGGCACUGAGCUCAUUCUCUAUAAAAUUCGGUUCGAUUUCGUGUCCCUACGAUGGCCACAGGACCGGUACGUCUCCGAGACUCCUCAAGCUCAACCAUGUCCUUUCGGUUCGCGUUUCGGCCAAUUCGACCCCAAAAGCCCGAUUCGUCGCCCGCCGAACCGAGUCCGUCUCGGUUCCGCAGCUCCAGCGUCCUCUAAGUGAGUAUAUGAGCUUGCCGGCGAGUCAGUACUCGGUUUUGGACGCGGAGAGGAUCGAGAGAGUGGAUGCGAAUACAUUCAGGUGCUAUGUGUAUAGGUUCAAGUUCUUUGCAUUUGAGGUUUGCCCUGUUCUUCUUGUUAAAGUCGAAGAGCAGCCCAAUGGAUGUUGCAUUAAGCUCUUGUCCUGCAAGCUGGAUGGUUCGCCGAUUGCAGUUGCGCAGAAUGACAAGUUUGACGCUUUUAUGGUGAACCAAAUAUCGUGUGCUAGCAACCAAACCAACUCCUCACGACAAGAACUCAAAUCAGAUACUGUCAUUGAGGUUAGCAUUGAGAUUCCUUUUGCAUUUCGUGCAAUCCCAGUGCAAGCUAUUGAAUCAUCUGGGACCCAAGUCCUUGAACAAGUACUAAGAAUUAUGCUUCCCAGGUUUAUGUCACAGCUUGUGAGGGAUUAUCGAGCCUGGGCUUCUGGUGAUAGAUCAAGGCAGCCUCUUGGAACUGGCGAGAUAUGAAAUUGUAGAUGGUAGCACUGCGAGUUCUAUUGGCUUCUUGUGUUGAGCCAUUAUGUUAGCAGUUGUAUUAUACGCAGUGAGAAUCCUGUCUGCCAACACUUGAUUUUAUUAUCUCACUAGUUUGGUUUGUUUGAGGAAGGAAAAUGGUCAAGUAAAUGUAUCAAAGAAAUGUAUGUUCUUAUUUGUUGCCCUA